AUGUCGGAGGAUCUCCAAGGACUCCUUAUCGAGCAAAAUUGUGUUAUCACGUCGAUAAGGAGAGUAUUGAUAAACUUCAAGAAGUUGUCAAAGAGUCAAAUCACUCUUUCCAAAACAAAAAGUCAAUUACAGGCGUUGGAAACGCUAUGGGAAAAAUGCCACGCCAUCAACGUCAGCAUUCACCAGACGGCGACCGCCGAGGAAAGGAAGACGGCCCCGUACUUCCUUGAGGAGCAGUUUUACGCAGCCGAGGACGCUUAUCUGGAAGCAUCAGAUUACCUCAACGACACCGUCAGUAAACUCUCCAAGAGCGAGCCGUCCACCGCCGAAAAAGCCUCUCAAACCAGACCUACCGAAUUGUGGCCACAUUUGCAUGAUCUGAAAUUAGCGGAUCCUGAGCCGUCUAGCCGUCACCCGAUUCAUGUGCUCAUCGGCGCGGACUUAUACGGUUCGUUAUUGUUGAAUGACGUUCGUCAAGGGCCUUUCGGCACUCCCACGGCUCAGCUCACAGUCUUGGGCUGGAUCGUCUCAGGCCCUACCGGAAACGCUAGCUCAGAUACGGAAUCCGCUUCGGUUCUUAACUGCGUAACAUGUGAAGAAACAAACUCGUUACUUCAGCAAUUUUGGGCUGACAAAAGUAUCCCUGCUCAAACUUUUCUUACUGAGGAAGACGAACGAUGUGAACGACACUUCGUCGAAACCCACUCGCGUAAUUCACAGGGGCGCUACAUCGUGCGUCUACCGUUUAAGAACGGUCCUCCGGGUAAUAUUGGUGACACUCUUCAAAGGGCUAUGCUUUUAUACAAAAAAAUGAAAAGCAGAUUGCUGCAAAGGCCAACAAUCGCUAAUCAGUACCAUAAAUUUCUUGCGGAAUACGAGUCUAUGGGUCACAUGAAAUUAGCGAGCGCGUGCGAGGCAUCGCUAUUUUCCCCAGUCUACAUACCUCAUCAUUUCGUGCUGCGCGGGUCGAGCUCAACUACGAAACUUCGCGUAGUAUUUAACGCUUCCUGUAAAACAAGCGAUGGAACUUCGCUUAACGAUCACCUGAUGGUCGGCCCCAAUCUUCAACAAGGACUAGACGAAGGCAAGGCCUUCCCAGCCGCUCUCCAGAUAUUAGAAGAACAAACUUACGUUGAUGAUGUCCUCUUCGGGGAGGACGAUAUCGCGACUCUCAAGGAAACCCGCGCACAGCUCAUCGCUUUAAUGAAGCGAGGAGGAUUUCCCCUCCAUAAAUGGUCAGCGAAACUUUUGCAAGACAUUCCCGUGGAUCAAUGCGAAUCCUCUGAUCGUAACCUCAAAGAGGACGAUACUCUCAAAGUAUUAGGUCUGUCUUGGUCGCCACACGAGGAUUCAUUCCGUUUUCUGGCAACUCAAUGCUCUCCAACGGUGCACACAAAACGCUCCAUAUUGUCAUUUAUCGCAAAGCUUUAUGACCCCCUUGAAUGGGCAUCCCCCAUCGUCAUCUCUGCUAAAAUUCUAAUGCAGGAGCUCUGGUUACAAAAACUUGAAUGGGAUACUCCGAUUCCGGAAGAUCUAUUGACGCGUUGGACCGAUUACAGCACUGAUCUGUGUAAGAUUAACGACGUGCGCAUUCCUCGAUGGACCGGAAUGCAUCGAAACAUGAUCGGAGUAGAACUUCACGGGUUCGCUGACGCUUCCUCCAGAGCUUAUGCUGCCGUCGUCUAUCUCAGAGUUCCGCAUAGUAAUUCGAACAUACAGAUCAGUCUUCUUGCGGCAAAGACAAAGGUCGCCCCGUUAAAGACAGUCAGUGUUCCUAGACUCGAACUCAACGCCGUCGUGCUGUUGAUUAGAUUAUUGGAAUGGGUCAGAACUUCUUUGAAAUUCGAAGGAGUCCUUCUGUUUGGAUGGACGGAUUCGAACAUUGUGUUAGCUUGGAUCCGUCAACAUUUAUCCAGAUGGAAUUCGUACGUUGCCAACCGCGUUUCGGAAAUACAAACUCGCCUCCCUUCCAUGAACUGGAAUCACGUUCGCUCAAAGGAUAACCCGGCUGAUUGCGCAUCUAGAGGCCUUUCAGCCACUGAAUUGGUUAGACAUGAGUUAUGGUGGUCCGGGCCGCCCUGGCUCCGUAAGCACUCCGACUCAUGGCCUAUUCCGGACGAACCUUUGCCCAUGCGAGAGAAUACGCUCAAAACGGUACUCGCGGAAGAGCGUAAAUCUGCUAUUCAUCAUGCCGACUCUUCUCCGGAAUGGGACCUACCUGACACUUGCUCCAGUUAG